CUGGACAAAGCACCGUAUGGGAGUGGUUUCUUAGAAUCGAAUGAAUCCUCCUGAAUGUAAGGUUUUUCAAUUCCUGUAGCCGAACUAUUACUUUCUCAAGUCAAAAGGGUUCAAGGGAACACUAUUAGCGCUUAUUUUGUCAGAAAAUCCAAAAGAGGGUAUACAAAACUAAACAGAAUAAGAUCAUAUGUGAUUUUGUGUAACAAAUCACUGACGCUGGAUGGUUGGUGAUUCAUAAGUUGCGUUCUCCAAACAUGUGCUGUGUCUGACGAGGCUGACCCGCGCUACCGAGACCCCCCAGGAAGACCAUGCUGUCCCUCCUGCUGCCCACGCUGCUUGCUGUGCAAGCUCUCGCUGUCCUAGAAGUGCAAGUCCCAGAGCUGCCAGAUGGUUGCGCUGUACGGCAUGGACACCACCCUCAACUGUUCCUUCAGCCACGCCUCUCCCUUCAACCUGUCUGACCUCAGUGUCUUCUGGCAGCUGACGGACACCAAGCGCAGCGUGCACAGCUACUGGGCCAGCCAGGACCAGCUGGCAGACCAGGGAGAGCGCUACGCCAACCGCACCAGCCUGUACCCCUCCCAACUGGARGCGGGCAACACCUCGCUCCUCCUGAGGGGGGUCCGGGUGGCCGACGAGGGUAGCUACACCUGCUUCGUCAGGGUGGAGGCCUACGGUAGUGCAGCCCUACUGCUCCAGGUGGCAGCCCCCUARUCCAAGCCUCUGGUGACCCUGGAGCCGGACUCUAACCUGCGGCCGGGUGACAAGGUGGCGCUGACCUGCGUGGCGUACGGUGGCUACCCUGAGGCUGACGUACUGUGGCAGGACGGMGGCGGGCACAACCUGACGGACAACGUCACCACCUCCCUGGUYGCCAAUGAGGAGGGGCUGUUCAGCAUGCGCAGUGUCCUGACUGUCACCCUGGAGCCCAAUAGCACUUACAGCUGCAGACUGACCAACCCAUUAUUGGGCGAGGACGGCCACGCCUCCGUCACUAUCACAGCCAAGGAGCUUGAAGAGGCCAAAGAACUGCAGGAAGAGGAGCAGUCUAAGACAGCCAUGACCCCCUGAAAAGCUAAAGCCAAUAGAACACAGUGAGGAGGCAAACGGUGAGACAGCGAUGAGUCUUAUAUUUAACCCCGCUACACCUAUCCAUCAACGGAGAGACUUGUUCCACUGUCUCCUACCCACACAGUGUCCAGUCCUUACUGAGCUGACGAUGAGUCCAUCAUACCCAUCCCUACAGGACCACUUCCUCCUGGGCUUCCAGAAAAGACAUAAACCCAUCAUAUCCUAUUACAGCGCUAUACAUUUCCCUUCCCCUGCUACUCUUUCAAUUAACGAAGUAUAUGAACGCGGAUGUGGAGUCGUAUUCACUUCUAUGCAAUAGGCUAAAGAAAAGCUCCACUUGAAGGCCAUUGGAUUUGACAGGCUCCCUGUCUCGAACCUGGACAUUAUUUUCUCUUCACUAUGUACCGAGGUAGGAAGUUUGAGAGGCCCAGGAUCUCAUUUCUAAUAGGAAGUGAACAGCUUAAGAGAUGACCAAGCUGAGGCUGCCAUCAGUGUCUCCCUAGCUGCCUACCUGCCAGAGACAGAGUGUAGCUGUGUAGCUCUCCGUUUACUCCUCGACUCACUAAUUAAUGGUUGCCCGUGGAGUAACUUGUACCUGUCAGUGUCUACCGCUCUCGUAUAUUCAAUAACUUGGGGGAAUUGAAAUUGAAUGCCAGCUAAGCUCGAACAAACUGCAAAUGGUGCAUGGGAUACACCCUGGUUCUCUCAGUGACCUGACAGCAGCGUUAUAUGUAAGGUUUUUAAUGAACAUGGACUCUUCUCAGCUACUUUUGACUGCCAAGGUGGAAGGUUUUAUGAAUUCAAGAUGGAGGGUGGGUGGGUGAUUGUAUAGGUUCUGUUACAGUAUACAGGUACUCGAGCAAGUCCUUGUGCCAAAUGUCAAUGUGCGUAUGAAUGCCAAAGCCGUCCAUAAAAGAACCCAGUGCCGAUUCGCAUUAAAGAGACAUGGUGAAAAUGUU